AAGUGCUGCUUCAGUAAUAACAGACUACAUUCAUAAAUGAAUUGACCGACAAAAUUGGUUCGUGAGAACACAGCGAAAACGCUGCAUUCCAGAUUGAUGCUCCAAGUAAGUCUCGAACAAUACUUAAGUGAUGUCACUAGUUUGGUUAAAAAAACGUAUCAAAGAAGAUGUUUAUGCAUUUACGGUCCGUUUCACUUACGGCAUACAAUAGUAUUAUGGUAAUAUUUUUCGCUGUAUGCAUCAGUACCCAUGGUGUUUGUCAGUUCAGUCAAAUACAUUUACUUAAUAAGGAAUUCUGUAUGGAUACCAAAGGAAACUUUGAAGCUGUAAUUUUCAAUACUGGCGUAAAAUGCACAUCUGUUAGGAAUCGAACAAUUUCAUAUAAAUGCUCUAUUGUCAGAUGGCUUUGGUGCUUUCCUCCCGGAUUUCCGUUAUGGCCAAAACCGGCUUCUUAUUCGCUGACAAAGUAGGUGUGCGUGUGGGAGUGAAUAUUAUUUACUUCAAAAAAUUAUGUUCUCGAAGACAAUUCAAUCGUUAUUGAAAACAAGAAGUAUACACAACGAAGAUACAACCAUCAGAUUCUACCUUUGUAUCCUGUCUUCAAUUGUCGGAAAUGAGUUGCCCAUUUCAGAGUGAUCAUAACCAUAACACAGAUAAUGGUUUAAAGCCAGGACAAGUUAGCUAUGAUGAUUAUCUCAAGAUAUCAGAAAUUAUAAAAUAUCAGAUUCCAUUGAGUGAAAAAAUUGGCAACAAUCUGGUCCAUGAUGAAUAUUUAUUCAUCACUAUUCAUCAAACAUAUGAACUGUGGUUCAAAUUGAUAAUUAUCGAAAUAGAUUCCGUCAGAGAGCUAUUGUCACAGCCAAUACUCGACGAAGGAAAUAAUCUCCUUAUCGUAUCGAGGUUGGGACGCAUUGUUAAAAUACAAAAGAUUCUUGUAGAGCAACUUGGCAUAUUGGAAACUAUGACUUCCCAUGACUUUGAUAAAUUCAGGAGGUAUUUGUCUCCAGCUUCAGGCUUUCAGAGUUGGCAGUUUCGCCUUAUUGAAAACAAACUUGGAAUACCGAAGGAAAGAAGAAUCAGGCACAAUAACACUGAUUAUAGUGAAGCUGAAGGUUUUAGUUCUAAAGCAAGAGAAAGUAUUAAGAUAUCUGAAAGAGAACCUAACUUGUUAGGUCUUAUUGACAGUUGGUUGUGUCGUACCCCUGGCCUUGAACCGGAUGGCUUUGAUUUCACAGGAAAAUUAAGAGAUGCUGUGGAUAUGUGGUUGAAAGAUUUGGAAGCUAACGCAAAUGAUGAAGAAAGUGUCGAAACCAAAGAAGUGUUGAUGAGUGAAAUAGAGUCGAAGAGAGAGAACUUCAAUAAUUUAUUUGAUGAAGAAAAACAAAACAAGCUCAAAAUAAAAGGGGACAGACGAUUGUCGUUCAAAGCUUUCCAAGGAGCAUUGUUCAUAUUCUUUUUUAGAGACGAACCAAGGUUUAAUCAACCUUAUCAGAUCAUUUCAUUAUUAGUGGACAUAGAUUCGCUUUUUAUCAAAUGGAGAUAUAACCACGCCAUAUUGGUUCAAAGAAUGAUUGGUGGGAGGCUUGGCACAGGAGGAUCAUCUGGCUAUCAGUAUCUUCUGGCGACUGCCAGUGACCGUUACAAAGUCUUUCUGGAUUUAUUCAACUUGUCUUCAUACAUAAUUCCUCAAACAUUUAUGCCCAAGCUAGACUCUUCCAUGAAAAAACGUUUGUCAGUCUUUAAGUUGCAAGUGACCUCUGAUGGGGCAGAAGAGAAUAGUAAUAAUGAUGAAACAGUCAAUUAGGAUUUUAUCUAAUCUUGCAUGCAUCCUUGAGCGCCACGAACGAAUAUUCGGACGCCGAUGGAAGAAUAUCCUUUUUAGACUCUUGUUUCAUACAACUAAGAAGAACUCAAAUUAACCAUAUUCAUAAGAGUGAUUUUUUGUGAGAAUAAUCACGAAUACACUACCAAUUUGAAAUACUAUAAUACUCCAUUUCAGCAAGAUGAAUAACGCUAAU